AAGGAAGAGAGAAUAUUUCUGACUAAUAAAAUAAUAAGAACUUUACAUCCUGGCACAAAAAUUGAACGUCCUGCUGAGUCUAUUAGUAACAGUAACCACGGGAACAUAAAACAAUAACGAAGCGAAAUCCGAAAUACACUCAGCUGUUGCCAAGAUGGCAGGCUCGGCUUUAAGGAGGUUAAUGGCAGAAUAUAAACAACUAACUCUAAACCCACCAGAAGGUAUAAUUGCUGGCCCUAUUAAUGAGGAAAAUUUUUUUGAAUGGGAAGCACUAAUAACUGGACCAGAAGGAACAUGCUUCGAAGGAGGAGUAUUCCCAGCAAAACUGAUUUUUCCACCGGACUAUCCACUUAGUCCACCAAAGAUGCAGUUUACCUGUGAAAUGUUCCAUCCAAACAUAUAUGCUGAUGGACGAGUCUGUAUUUCCAUACUUCAUGCUCCGGGUGAUGACCCUAUGGGUUAUGAAUCCAGUGCCGAGAGGUGGAGCCCAGUUCAAAGUGUUGAGAAAAUAUUACUGUCAGUUGUCAGCAUGUUAGCAGAACCCAAUGAUGAAAGUGGUGCCAAUGUUGAUGCGGCCAAAAUGUGGCGGGAAGACCGUGAGGAGUUCAACAGGAUAGCAGAGAGGAUAGUCAGGAAAACUCUUGGGCUUCCUCCACCUUAAACAUUCCAAUAUGACACACCAUGCUGCUGACAAAAUCCAGCUUUACCAGAACCUCUGUGUUACCAGUCAGAAAAUUACAUGUGCUACAUACAGAAAUAUCAUUAAAAGCUUUAAAUGGUAUAAUAAAUUGUCCCUUCACUGCUUGCUUACAUCUAGAUCAAAUGCUGCUUGUGAAUCAGAAGCUGUUACAAUGGAUAUAGUGUAAAUAACCUUAAUGUAUAAAUUUAAGCUACUGAUCACCAUCAUUAUGACAUAAUUUGUUAUACCUGGGAUUUAAAUUCAUCCAGUGCCAGACACCUCAGUGAAGUGAUGGGUGGGGGCAGGAUAUCCAGAAUUCUAUCCUCAGCAUGGGCAGGAAUUUUUCUCUUCAUGUCCAGGUUGAUUCUUGGGUCCACUCAACAUAUUUUUUCCCCCAGGGCCAGAGAUGGGCUGUAAAGGUGACUACCAGUUCCAUGUAGAAUGUGUGGAGCUUUAUUUCCAUGACAUCUUCACAGUGUGGUGCCUGCUAGCAGCAACCAUAUUUUUCAAAUCCGAUAUUUGAGAACGGGGCUAAGGAGUAUAUUUGAACAUAAAAGAGGGGAAGUGACAGGACAUUGAGACAGCUGCAUCAAGGAGACAUAUAUUAACAUAAGCAGCAACAGAAGGCAGCAGAUUCCCUCACCCAGUAAUUUUAACACCAGAUGAUGAUCACAUUGGUUAAAACGAAACAAACUCCAUGGCUUUAGUCCGCAAGCAGACUAUACCAACUGAGUGACCACCGCUUGUCAGCGAAGUCGGUGCCAACUUUAGUGGAUAGAGGAUGUUGUGUGGUUGAAGCAUGUAGUGAUAAACUUUUAACAAAUUUUAUAGAAUCUAGUGUUGCACACGAGACUGUAAAAAACUAAUCAAAACUGAGAUGGGAAGGUUAUGAGUCACAAGUUAAGCAUGAUUGCUGAAAGCAAUUUCAAAAUUCACUAUUAGCUUCCUGUGGCUGUCAACAACUUCACCAUAGCCCUGUAUUUGUUCAUUUUCAGGCUUCUCAGCUACCUUGAAGAUGCCAGAGACUUGGUCCUCACUCAGUGUACUAACAAAAUAAGAUGGUACAGGCACAUUUUAAACAUGAAUAAAGACAGACUCUGGAAGGUUUUCAACAUGUAACUAAAAUAAAAAGCACCCAGCAAGGAGACCUCAGAUCAAAAUGGGAACAAUAGGUUACCAACAUGUCACGCAGAAGGAAGGAAGGAAGCACACACAAAUUUAGGAGGGGUUUUGGAAAGACAGAGAUAGAUGGAGAGGUCUGGUUGUUAGGCAACCUAAAUGAAGAUAUAUGGAUUUGGAAUUCAGUCACAAUCCAUUUGAAAGUUCCAUCCCAGCAGUUUGUCUGCAGAAACUGAGGAAUAUGUCAGAGAAUAGUAAUCUUCUGGGGAAUGACUUGGAGUAUCUCUCAAAUACAGAUAUAGAGAAUUAUCAUUAUACCAACUUGCUAAGUCUUUAUUGUAUAAUGCUGUAAUAACUCAUGAGGGAAUGUACAUGAAACAGGAUAUAGUAGGAUGGAGUUGAAAUGCUCAAUGGUGGUUUACUUUGUGGUCAGAAAAAAGGUUCCUAAUAUACAGGGCUCAACAAAUGGACUUCUCUGCUCAACCGCACCAAAUGAAAAAUCAAAGAUGAUUAGAACUGAUUUGUUUUAUCUGUUAAUAUUCACUCCCACUGUCUUCAUUUCUGCAAAGAUGUGAGACAACAAGUUUGUAACUGGAAUGGAUAUGAAGGCCUUUGUUACUGCAAGAGCAUGGUUAGGCAGAUUCUUUUGUGAAGAAAUAUCUGGCAAGCAAUUUCUAUGAUUGGUGAAGCAAGCCAAUGUUUGUUGACCCCUGCUAAUGCAGUUAGACUGUGGAAGGUGUACGGAUGUUGGGUUAAGAUUUUCUUACAAUAAGACAGCUUCCACAGUAACAAAACAAUGGGAUAAUGUACUUCGUAUCAUUUAAGCACUCAGAAUACAGAAAGGCUAGGAUUGUGUGCAACCAAAACAGAAUAAUGCAUACGAAGAUCAGGUAUAAUGACAACAUGAGUACUUUCAAGCUGAAAAUGUCUUUCUGGAAUUCAUUACCAUUCAGUUCGUCUUCAGGCACAUUUUCGAAGUACAAAACAUACACUUUCAGUCUUAUACACCAAGUAUAAAUCGACAGUAAAAACGAUAUACUAUCUGUUGGAUAAGCGAAUCAAUAUGAAAUGAUAUGUCAACUGAAACAUGAAUCAGGGGUGCCAAUUGAUAUCACAAGUGAAAUAUCUAUGUUAUAAAAACGCUUUCCAACUCAUUUUGUCCUUUUGGCUUCAAAACAUUCUGACAGAAUCCUAAAACAAAAUUAAUAGCUACACAUACAGUGUGUCAGGAUAUGAUCCAUUUUUCAGUGAUUUUGUAACAACUGAUGGCAGAAACAUGAGAAGAAAGAGAAACUGUGAAAGUUUUCAUGCGUUAUCAGCGACAUUAAGCAUAAGAAAAUAUUGCCAAAACCUUUAAGUUCACAGAACAUAAACUGAUACUUAUGAGACCCAGUGACCACUCUACUCAUCUCAUUAGUAUUCCAAUUCUUACCAAACCAAACUGAGAAUGUCUCAAGUCAUGUGACUCAAUUCAGUCUGUAUCUUCAAUUUCCAGACUUGAUACAACAAAGAGAUGGUUAGUUCCUAGGUACCUCACUUAAAAGCAAAACCACAAAAGUAAGAAGGGUAUGAAAGAAUUAUAAUAGACAACUGCUUUGUAAGAAGAAACCUGAAGUUUUUACAGCAACUAACAGUAGUGAUGACCUCUGUGCUAAAUUGUCCAAAGGAAGGCCUUACAUAGGAUCCACUUCAUUGUGGAAAGUUAGUUUAUAGGAUACAUACAUAAAUAAAUCUGACUUUAUAAAGAUUUAUUGUAAGAACCCUUUGAAGCCCACAACGUCCACAGAACAGAGUUUGGGAAUCCAUUAUAUUACAUUCAUAUUUUAAGAAUUAUGCUAUAUGCUCCACUGAUCUGAGACAGAGCAGUAAAUGACUAGGUGUUAUAUAUUUUAUAAACGCAGAUUUUUAUCUAAACAUGUGAUCAAUGGAAUAAGAUAUUCACUGAAAGCUCGUCAUACAAUUUGGCAGUAUGUAACUACUCCUGAUCCCAUCAUCGAUAUGGUGUAUUUCAGUAUGGAAAUUACAUGGCUCAAAAACAGUGACAUCUCACUACUUUGGCUUUAAGUGCUCUAUUCUGUUCAAGUUCUGGACCAGCACAAUCUUGUAAGCCAUGUUCCUUAACCCUUACUGGUCUAAUAUUAUAUUUCUGCAUCAUAUUUGAAUUCAGGACCUAACAAAUAGGUGGAACAGCACAUCAUUGCCAAUUAAGGCUACAGGUGUUGCCACUUGAUGGCUCCCAAGGGAGGAAGUGCAGCAGGUGGAAGUGGUGCGGCAUGGGACAAGGCUGCUACACAAUUAUCACAACUUUCCUUUCGUCCCCUCAACUAACAGAACAUGGACCACUGUAUUAUACCAUUAAUACGAACUGAGAUUUGCUGGUACCAGCAAUAACAAAUAUAUCUAUACCACUAACAAAAAGACCCAGCAUAUUACAAAAUACACAAGGUCUUGGAGUCGGCAGGCUCUUGUGAAGUUCGUAAUGGGCCUUCGGGUUCCAAUUUCCUGACUCGCUGUGUGAUCAUCAGCUUGUCAAGGACCUGCUGCAUGGAUUUAAACUGUGGAGCUACCUGAUAAUUCAACAGAUCACAAAAACAUAAAUGUUUCUGGGCAAGGUACCUUUUUCGUUUACUUUCCUUAUUUUGAUAAAAUGAAAGCAGGCUUAUGCCAUCUCCAUGGUGUCUGUGUAUCCCCCACCCCUCAUUAACUUUUGAAUGCCUGAACAAAUCUUUACGAAACUUUGUGUCUGUACAUCAUGGCACCUGAGCCCAUCUCGGUGGCAUGCUUCAGAAAUCCCUCCCAUCAGUCUGUGUCCCCCUCCUAUCAUUGCUAGGCAAAGGCUUGGUAAAAUGUAUCCCUCCUAUCACUGCUAGGCAACAAUUCAGUAAAGAUGUUCCCAUGGCAAGGAAGAACUGUUGGAGGCAUCGUUUUAUGUGUGGUCCAUGUUGUAUCAAAGGAAAGUAGGCACUCAGUUCUUCCCAGAACUUCUUGUUAGUGUUAUUUCAUGUCUGCACCACAAAUAUUGAAUGUAUGAUUACCCACAAGGAGACAGCUACAGGAAAACUUGAGGUUUUAUUUUAGGUACUACUAAUUACUGAUAUCUGAUAUUUUCAUUUGAGAUAUACAUAAAACUGAAUUUCAAGAGCAUCUUACAAAUAAUAUAAACGCUCUUUAUGUCGCUCUCAAGACAACCACCCAUAAGGCUUGAACUGAAGAACCGAGUAACAUACACAAUAGGGCAGUUCUGGAGCAAUGGGGAUGACUGGCUUAUAAGCUUGAUACAUAUUGGACAGCAGCCCAGCAUUCCCGACUACAAAAUAUACUUGGUCCCUCCUUUCAGUGUACAAAAUAAAGUCCACGCACUGAAUUUGACACUGUUUCGAACCUGAGAUCUUUU